CACAACUGGGUUGACAAUGAACUCAUAUCCUCCUGAGCUGCUGGCUCAACUGGCACCGGUGAUGUUCGUGUCUGGGUUGGAUCUUCCAGCUCCGCCAGUGCCGCAGACUCCCACACCGCAAACACCACAGACACCACAGACACCGCAGAUACCUCAGACGCCUACGACUCCCGGCACACCCCGCUACCAGCAGGAUCCAUUCGCCGUUCUCUCCAGUAGACUCAGAGAGGCGCUGCUUACUCAACGCAAAGUGGCUAUCUGGCAACCAGACAAAAGCAAAACGUUCCAGAUCCUCCCAGUAGACGCCUCAGUACGAUUUCCCCCACGCAAGUUAGCCCCGCAAGACGAUACUCGCUCGAGCGCGCAUUCUCCACUGUCUCCGCUUACCCCUACGUCACCGCUUCAUCCGGACGGCCUCAUCGCGCCAAUAUGGAUUCGCAAGCACACGUCGCUCGUGCCGUCUGUGUUCGUGAUGUUCAUGCGGAUAUACGAGUACCCUGCGCCCACGCCGCGGUCGCCGCUCGACGCGCCUGAUGCGGACAAGGAGCGCGAACGGGAAGCGGAGGAGCGGAGGAGAGACAGCGAGUUGGCUGCGGAGGUUGCGCUGCGCAAGAAAAGUACCAAUGAGCGCAACAUCAAACUUACUGUAGUGCUAAUGGCUAGCAGAAGAUUGCUCGACGAUCCGACAUUAGACAACAGGCUGACUUACAUUCGACGCCAGAGCGGGCUCGAUUCGCGCGCAGCGCUUUUCGUCCUGAGUCCCGUCAGCCAGAGUGAACUCGGGGACUUUGUAAAGAGUCUCCAACAAGCACUUUACGAGCCUGCAUUGGAGUAUUACACGGCCCAUUCGAAACGCGUGCGGCGGAAACGAAAUCGUCACUCCCAAUCCGUGUCCACGUACCCCAUCCCUCACACUCCCCUCGGCAGUGCUGGCCUGGGACGACCGCUACGUCCGGAGGGAUGGACGGUCAGAUAUGAAUACAAGAUGGCUUGCUUUGCAGAGUUUCGCGGUGAAGACGACAUCGCGCUCAAACACUAUCAGGAUGCAUACGACAUAUUGCUGAUUAUGUUCGGGUCACCUGCCAUCCUGCCUCCGCGGACAAAGCGGUGGGCGGAGGCCAAAGUCCUUGCGGAUUGUAUCAACAUCAAAGUCGUCAAGCUCUAUCUGUACAACAACGAGCAUGCGCUGGCCCUCUCCUAUCAUAACACGCAUAUCCGUAAGUUUGGCGACUUUUCGCGGGGAUGGGGCAUUGGCGAGGAGACAUUUGAAUUCUGGAGCUGGAUCGCCAGACAGCAUCGCAUCCUCGCAGAACUGCUCGAGCAUGGCACACAGCUGAAGCUUGUGCUUCCGAAUCACCGACCCGCGAACCUUUCGAUGCCGAAAAUUGUGCCAUCUGGACCGAAUAUGACACAGGACGCGGAGGCCAUGCGGACGAUGGGGAUUAAUCCGAGUCAUGCGCUGCAGCAUCCAGGGUAUUAUUAUUACAUGGCUGCCAAAUGCACUGAAAUGCGACGAGAACGCUUUCUCGCUGCGGCAGAGGCGGAGUCCAGCAACGUUUCGGCAGGGUUUGCAAACGAAAAGAAGGUGGAACACUUGGUGCUCAUCUUGGAGCUCUACACCAAAGCAUACGAACUGUUCAAGAAGCAUGCGCCUACGAACGCACAAAAUCACUCCCAGGGGCGACUGACUUUGUGGAUCGCCCAUCGUAUCGGCCAGACAUACUACGAAUCGGGCAAGUUCGAUAUGGCUGUCCGCUUCUUCGAACGCAUCGCCAAGAGCUAUCGCCGUGAGCAGUGGGGCUUGUUGUUGAAGCCUCUGCUUUCGACGUGGUAUGCUUGCGCCCAACGACUCGGCGAUGUUGAUUUGAGCAUCCGGCUGCUGAUCGAGAUGAUUGGGCAUGGUGUCGCCGACGCGGAAGAUCCAAGCUCUCUGGAGGAAGAUCUGCUUGCUGUGCUGAAGAGUUCGGUUCCGUCGACGCCAACACCAGAGCCCAUGGUCGUUGACCUGGCGGAAACACAACCGUUGAUUACUUGCAACGCCAUUUUCUGGACCUCAGAAGUCACAGUCGGUGAACCAGCAGCGUUUCAGCUGUGUCUGAGCCCGCCAAGCCAUGCCACAAUUGGCUCCCUGCCGUUCGGUUCGCUUGAAAUUCAAUUUUCGGCUGGACUGCCGUCGGUCACGGUGCGACACGACCCAGAUUUGGUGAGCACCGAGGUGCAAAGAGUGGAUCUCGGUCACGUGCCAGACGCUGCAUCAGUGACUGCAUACUUGAGGUGGCAGCCUGGCGGACUGAUUGUUUGCACUGGCACACUGCUGUCCGAAGUUCCAUCGGCAAUUAAGAUCACCAAGCUGAUCUUGACCCUCGUUGAAGGACCUUGGACGAUUCAGAUCCCAUUCGACCCCACUCCUUCGACAGGGACGUCGUUUGCUCGUUGGCUGUCCAGCGUGGACCCACCCCGCUUCAUUCCAAUCACACGUGAUGAUUACUCCUCAGUCCGUGUCAAAAAUCGACCUCACAACAUCUCUGUGUCUAUUUCACACGAUUCUCCUGCGUAUUUGGACGAAAAGUAUCCCGUCGUUGUGGAGGUAAUCAAUAGCGAUGACCGCGAGCUGGCUGUGACCGUCGAUGUCUUGCUCCAGCCCACGGAGAUUGAUGGGACGGAAAACACCAUCGCCAUGGACGAUGCGCAGUCGUCCAGUCUGAUCAAGGGUGUCGAUUGUGGAAUUCUGCAACCGGGAACUAGCGUCACCAAGACGUUGCAUCUCACGAGCAGAGGCGCAGCAGGAGAUCGCACACUCGACGUCUCAAUUCGAUCUGUGGUGCCGCACCAGUCCUCUGAUAAUGCAGACACGUCAGAGACUCUGGAGACUUUCGUCGUGCCCACAUCAGAGGCCAUCACCGCCGAGUUUGGUGUCGUUUACAAGCGAGCGCGGAUGUCGCGGCCUGGGAUCUCGGAUCUGGCGACGUACGAGCACGAGUUCUGGGACGGGUGUGAUGGAGGCGAGGCCAUCGCUACAACUCGGCUGAAAUGCAUGGGUCCCUGGCCCCUGGAAGUCGUCAACAUCAAGCUCGAUCGACAAGAUAACGAGCACGCAAAAGUGUUAGAGGCUGGCAUUGACUCUCAGGAGGACGGUGUGCACGAAGAGUAUCUUCCUGGCGAUGAAUUCUCAGACGCAUGCCGCAUCAGCAUCAACUUGGGCGACGACAUCGAUUUAGAAGAGCAUGCCAUCAUUGGCCCAGGAAAGUACGAAGUGGUCUGGAGGCGGAUACUCAAGUCCAACGAGCGAGGACCAUCAGCGACGAGCACCUUCUUGCUUCCCCCGUUGCGGCCACCGAUCGAUGGUGUGGUUGCGCUGCUCAAUGUUCCUCCGACGGCCCAGCUGCACGUACCCUUCUCUCUGAGCAUGAUCAUCCGCAACCAGCACCCGUCACGCUCUGCGAAUGUCACGAUCCAGCUGGAGCCAGAUCCCGCCGACGGGUUCAUCGUGACUGGUCUCCGGAGCGGGCGGCUGCCGAUCAUGCUGCCUGGCGGAGAAGAGCGUCUCUCGUGGAAGCUGGUGGCGAUAGAUUGUGGACACGUGGCGGUGCCACGGAUCAAGGUUGUGGACAAGCGGAGGACGCUGGGGCAGCAGCGCGUAGACGGCAGCGAGAUGGUUGAGACGGAAGGAGAGGCGGUCAAGAUAGUCGACAUCCGUCUGGACCGCAGGGGAGACCGGGACCACGUGGAUGAGGCUGCGCCGUUGGGGACAGUCCUCGUCCUGCCGUGAUAUGUUAUGUAUGGUUAUUUGUAUUAUUUUAUGCACAGGGACAUCAGAGAGAUGCCAGAGAGAUGCCGUCCUUGGGGUCAUACGCGAUCCUACGAUAUCUGCGCCCCUCGCAUGUCAAUUGCAGCUCCAACCCCGUCUCGAUGAGUUCCUGCAACUGCGCUCGCAGUGUUGUGAUGGUGUUUUCGCUGUUGAGGAUGGCUUUUAUUGUUUUCAGCGGAUGGCCUGCCGCGUAUCUUUGGACCGUAAAUGUCUCAAUCUGUUCUGCAUUCACCCGGUCCCCGAAAUCGACGCUGGACAGCGCUUGGAGCAUGGAGGAAGUCGAAAUGGCCUCCAGCUGAUCGCUGUUAUACGCAAACAUCUCGAUCCGCGUGACCGGUGGGAUCAGAGGCAGGACGCGAGUCAGCUGUGCGGCAUCGAGAUCGUCUCUUAGAUGCAGCACGAACUCUCCGCCGCUCCCGGUGCCCCGGACAGCCGUCUUAUACCAGUCAUGGAGAUUCCAACCCAAUCCGAGCAUAUGCAGCUGCGGCAUGAUCAAGGGCCGGAUGAAGUCCGCCGGCUGGAAGUCGCCCGCUAUGCUCAGGUUGCGCAGCUGAGACAGCACAACAGGCGAGUCGGGCAGCACCGGCUGCGCCGAUUCGGUCUGCGUCGUGCGGAGAUUGCAGCGCACGAGGCGGGGGCAGCUCUGGAGCACCGCCCACGCGCUCGUCAGAUCCAGACCGCGCGCCGGCCCGCCGGGGAAGCAGGUCAGGUUGAGCACCGUCAGCGCGCCCCAGUUCAGCGGGAGACUCAGUCCGUCAGACGUGAUGUACAGAGAGACCCGCGUGAGCUUCGGAGCGCGCGCGAGCCACUGGAAGCGGUCGAAUCGAUCCUCGGGGCUGUCGCUCGACGGGCAGAGCAGCGCUAACUCCUGCAGUCGAGGCAGCUCCGCCGUCAGAAUCGACCGGAUCUGCCCGACAUGCGCGCGCGCCAGGAACGACACGAUCCUGC